AGUAAUCAUCAACUACAUUAGCGACUUUACGGAGAAUUCGAUAAAAAUGUGGUACGAAAUAAUUCCAUCGUUGUUAAUAAUAGGUAUGGUACCUGUUGUACCUCAACUGUUUGCCAGUUUAGUCAACAAUUAUUUUUUGGGAAAUUCAAUGCGUAGAGACAUGAGAGACAUAUGGGAUCGCCAUAUGUUUACACGAGAUAGUCGUAUAGAUGGAGCACCAUGGAAAAAUAGGGGACUACAGAAUAUUCCUGAUGACUAAGAGUACAAAUAUAAAAUAAUACAUCGCAGUAUAUGGUACAUUAUGCAGAUACAGAUUAAUGUCUUUUACUUUUGAGAAUAUCAGACUAUAAUUAUGGGUUCUAUAGGUGCUAGCAAUUAAUUCCUUAUUAAC